AUGACGAAGCAGCAAGCUAACUGGUCUCCUUACGAUAACAAUGGAGGAUCUUGCGUUGCGAUCGCCGGCGCUGAUUACUGUGUAAUCGCUGCUGACACUCGGAUGUCGACAGGUUACAAUAUCCUCACCCGCGACUAUUCCAAAAUCUGUAAACUAGCUGAUAAAUGUGUUAUGGCAUCCUCGGGAUUUCAAGCUGACGUGAAGGCUUUACAAAAGCAUCUGGCAGCUAGGCACUUGAUUUAUCAGCAUCAGCACAACAAGCAAAUGAGCUGCCCUGCAAUGGCUCAACUGCUGUCCAACACCCUUUAUUACAAGCGCUUCUUUCCUUAUUAUUCUUUUAAUGUUUUGGGUGGCCUUGACAAUGAAGGAAAGGGUUGUGUGUUCACAUAUGAUGCUGUUGGUUCCUUUGAGAAGGUUGGAUACAGCUCUCAAGGUUCUGGUUCAACGCUUAUCAUGCCUUUCUUGGAUAACCAACUGAAAUCUCCCAGCCCUCUCCUGUUGCCUGCCCAGGAUGCCGUUACUCCACUUGCAGAGGCUGAGGCUGUUGAUUUGGUAAAAACUGUUUUUGCAUCGGCAUCUGAGAGAGACAUAUACACUGGAGACAAACUGGAAAUCAUUGUCAUAAAUGCUGAUGGGAUCCGGCGGGACUACAUGGAUCUCCGAAAAGAUUGAUUGAUUUCUACUCUGAUCAUGGAUGCAUCUCUUACAGAAGUGGAAUACUAGAAUUGAUGGAAUGGUCGUUUUACUUUUACCAUGGUUCUGGUCUUAAUUUGCCUGAUGCUUGUAUUCAACUAUUUUCGUGAUGCAGACUAUGAUGAUGCUUAAAUCAUGCUGUUGACUUUAUCUGAAUUUAUCUGCUGUUAGGAAAAAAUAGACUUGGAUAAUGUUUCAUGGAUGGCAUGACGCAUGACUACUCUUUGGCGUUCAAAUUAACAGAAAUGUCAUUUCACCUUUGA